GGGGAGGGGGGAAGGCUGCGCGUAGUUUUUGGUUUCCGUCCUUCCGACUGAACUGGUUUGUCCCUCCGGACGACCUGUAGCGCCUUCCCCGCCCCCUUCUUCCGUGGCGCUCCGGCAUGGAAGGCGCCGGGGCUCCCUCCGAGGGCCUGCGCUAUGCCGAGUACGCCAGGGUCCCUACCGGCGCCGACAAGGGCCAAAUCGAGAUGGACCGAGGGCUGGCCAGAACUAUGAUAGCAGUUGGACUUGGAAUUGCAACUGUUGCAUUUGCAGGUCGUUAUGCAUUCCACCUCUGGAAGCCAUUGGAGCAAGCAAUUACAGAGACAGCAAAGAGGAUUUCAACUUCCAGUCUUUCAUCCUACUAUAAAGGAGGAUUUGAACAGAAAAUGAGUAGACGAGAAGCUAGUCUUAUUUUAGGUGUAAGUCCAUCUGCUGGCAAGGCCAAAAUCAGAACAGCCCAUAGAAAAAUCAUGAUUUUGAAUCAUCCUGAUAAAGGUGGAUCACCCUAUUUAGCAACAAAAAUAAAUGAAGCAAAAGACUUGUUGGAAUCCAGUGGCAAAAAUUGACAUACUAGGCCUUGGGUCAUAGGACAAUAAAAAAAAAAUAAAAACAA